ACGGUUUCCCAUCUCUCUUCAUUGUUCCCUUUUGAGAGAGGGAGAUGUCCUUCCGCUCUUUUUAUCCUUUUCAAGAGACAGAGAAAGACAACGACGGAAGUACUCAUCUGGUCGGCCCCGAGAGCCACCCAAAUCGGUACUCCAUCAAAAUAUCCCAAACGACAAAGUAGAAAAAGAAGAAGAAAGAAGGAAAAAUCUCACCCCCGAUAAAAGAAAAAAAUCACACCCACUCCGGUUAACAAACACCCCCUUUUUCUCACUUUUUUGUCUUUUCAUAACCAUUUUUAUGAGAGGAAGAAGAAGAAUCUGGUGUUUUUCGCAGAUGUAUAUAGUGUGAUGAUGCUGCCGCCGAAGGAGAUUGAUCUUGACAAGGAAGCUUGUUUCGAGCUCCGUUUUCAAGUACCUGAUGUUCGGCUAGCAAUGAAAGGCUUUCUAAGGAAUAGAGAAGUUGGUGAGUUUCUCAGUGGGGCUUUAGCAGGUGCCAUGACGAAAGCUGUCUUGGCUCCUCUUGAAACCAUUAGGACUAGAAUGGUGGUCGGUGUCGGGUCCAGACACAUUGCAGGCAGCUUUAUUGAGGUCAUAGAACAGCAAGGCUGGCAAGGACUCUGGGCAGGCAACACCAUCAAUAUGCUCCGUAUAAUCCCAACUCAAGCAAUUGAGCUUGGCACGUUCGAAUGGGUCAAACGAACGUUAACAUCUUCCCAAGGGAAACACAACCAAAACAAGUGUCCGAAAGUGCGAAUCGGCCGUUUCAAUUUCGAGUUAUCUUUUUCGUGCAUCUCUCCUGUGGCUGUUGGUGGUGCAGCUGCAGGGAUUGUGAGCACGCUUAUCUGUCAUCCUCUAGAAGUCAUGAAGGAUCGCUUGACCGUAAAUCCCGGGGCUUACCCUACUAUUAGCCUUGCUCUUCACAACAUCUACAAGGACGGUGGAAUUGGCGCCUUUUAUGCUGGUAUUUCACCAACUCUGAUUGGCAUGCUUCCAUACAGUACGUGCUACUAUUUCAUGUAUGAUAGGAUGAAGAACUCUUACUGCCAAGCAAAGAAGAAGGCUUCACUAAACCGUGCAGAGCUGCUUCUAAUAGGAGCUCUAUCAGGUUUCACAGCCAGCACGAUCAGCUAUCCGUUGGAAGUGGCGAGAAAGCGCCUGAUGGUUGGAUCACUGCAAGGGAAGUGUCCAGCUAACAUAUCCGCUGCAUUGUCGGAGGUCAUUCAGCAGGAGGGGCUGCUGGGUCUCUAUAGAGGGUGGGGCGCAAGCUGCUUGAAAGUAAUGCCGUCAUCUGGCAUUACAUGGAUGUUCUAUGAAGCAUGGAAGGAUGUUUUGCUCGUUGACAGGCCUCAUUUGUAGCUGAUUUUGAUGUGGGGCUAUGGAUUGAAUUCAUCCGCUUCUGGCGCCCUUCCAUGCACAAUGCUGUUGGGGAGAGGCGGUGAUUUAUAUGGCUGAGGUGGGAUUGGUCCGGUAAGAGAAAUUGUCAGGAUGGCGCAUUGGUUUAUGCUAACAAGAUUCCUGGAUCAGGCAAGAUGUUGAUCUACAUUGAUAUGAUUUAAUUGCUUUCUUUUGCA